AUGGCUGACGCUACUGUGAAAAGCUUACGGGAGACCCUUUGCUCCGAAUCGACCCCGCUGGCCGUUCGAUUUCGCGCCCUCUUCUCGCUGAAGCAUGUUGCGAAGCAUGGCGAACCCGAUACUGCCCUUGCCGCUAUCGAGGCUAUCGCAGCCGCGUUUGCUUCGCCAUCUGCCUUGCUGAAGCACGAGCUGGCUUAUUGCCUGGGACAGACUGGCAACGAUGCUGCGAUUAAGCCCUUGCGAGAUGUCCUUUCCGACUUAAACGAAGACCCGAUGUGCAGACACGAAGCCGCUGAAGCGCUGGGGGCGUUUGGCAAGCCUGAGAAUCUGGAAGUGCUGAAAUAUUUUCGGGACCGUGAAGGCGAAGAAGUUGUUGUCACUGAGACAUGCGAAAUUGCCAUUGAUCGGAUAGAGUGGGAAAAUUCGGAGAAGCGCAAACAAGAGAAGCUACGACAGAGCGACUUCGCUUCCAUUGACCCAGCGCCACCUAUGCCCGAAUCCGAGAAGACGGUCGAAGAGUUGGGCAAGCAGCUCAUGGAUACAACACAGCCUCUUUUUAUGCGAUACCGCGCCAUGUUCGGCUUGCGCGACCUUGCUUCCCCUCCUGACUGUCCUACCGCUGUUCCUGCAGUGCUUGCCCUUGCAACAGGAUUCGCCGAUACUUCUGCUCUGUUUCGCCACGAAAUUGCUUUCGUUUUCGGCCAGCUGUCACACCCGGCCUCUAUCCCUGCUCUUACGGCGGCGUUGAGCAAUUUUGAGGAAGCUAGUAUGGUUCGUCACGAGGCUGCUGAAGCGCUUGGUAGUCUCGGAGACGAAGAGGGUGUCGAGGAGACUCUUAAGCGAUUUCUUCACGACAAAGAAAAGGUUGUUCGAGAAAGUGUUAUUGUCGCAUUGGAUAUGGCAGAGUAUGAGCAAAGUGGUAACGCCGAAUAUGCCCUGAUACCAGAAACUGCAAGUGCUUCUGCAUAA